AUGAGAGGAAGAAUCCGGGAAAAAAACGGAGUCUUUGAUUUGGGUGGUUUUACAGUGGAAUCUUUUAUUGUGGAGGAAGAAUUGAGAUGUGGGUUCUGGAUUUCUGUGUGUGGCGGAGAUGGGAUUGAAGAAGGAAGGUCGGAAGGUUGGGAAGAAGGCGAGGAGAGGAAAGGAAGGCAGAGGUUAAUGGCAAGUGGGAAUCGAUGGUGA